AAUCUGUGCAGUGGGUCCAGUGGUCUGUUUGUUUGUGGUGUGGAUAUUUGCAAAUUUAGUGAAAUAAAUUCAUAUAGUUUCAACACCAUAACAAAAUGAUGCCUAGUAGAAUUGGAAAUAUGCCACUGGCUGCUGAAAAUCCUUUAGGUCUUUCAUGGCAUGACUCUGCUUGGAUACCCAUAUUAAAUCCGUCAAAUAUAAUGGAUUAUUUUUCUGAAAGAUCUAAUCCGUUUUUCGAUCGUACAUGCAAUAAUGAAGUCGUAAAAAUGCAACGUUUAAGUAUGGACCAAUUGCAGAACAUGACUGGUUUGGAAUACAUACUUUUGCAUGUUCAAGAUCCAAUCCUUUACGUUAUUCGUAAACAACUCCGACACAGUUCCACUCAAGCAACACCCUUGGCAGAUUAUUAUAUAAUUGCUGGGAUUGUGUAUCAAGCACCAGAUUUAGCCAGUGUACUGAACUCAAGACUGCUAUCUGCUGUUCACCAUUUACAAUGUUCUUUUGAAGAAACUAUGUCAUAUUCAAGAUAUCAUCCCAGUAAAGGAUAUUGGUGGGACUUUAAAGCAACUAAACCUGGUCUCAGUUCAUUUCAAACGACUCAAUCAGCACCUAAAGAGGCAACAAGUACUCCAAAAGAAGAGCCUUCCACAUUAUUUCAACGUCAGAGAGUGGACAUGUUAUUGGCUGAAUUAGUGCGACAAUUCCCUCUUCCAGUAGCACAAACAACUUCUAAUCAGAUUAAUGGAGUGACUAUUAAAACUGAAAACACUACUGAAAAGGGUGUUGAAAAACCUACAGAAGCCAAUUCUGUAGGAAAUAUCACUAUCAAGCAGGAACCAGUUGAUUCAAACAAUCCUGAAAAUUUAAAUGGGAACAUGCCAAGCCAUAUAGAAAUCAAGACAGAAAUCAAACAAGAAAAUAUGAAACCACCACCUGAAAAGAAACACAGAGUGAUAUAAUAGGGAUGAGUGAUAGGUAUAGGUAUAAAGAUUAACAAGCACCAAAAUACUUAGUAAUUAUUUAUUUAUUUUACCUAAUCAUUAUUUGCAUUCCGGC